CUGAGAUUAAUUCACACCUUCGUUGUGUACUCGUCAAAAUGUUUUUAUUUCCAUUUUUGUGCAUUCUAUCAACUACAUUAGCAAGGCACACAGGUAAUUCGUAUUACGGAUAUGGCUUGAGAAGCGAAGACGAUAUGAAGCAUCUUUAUAAUAAUAAUUUUAGCGAAGAUGAAUUAAUUGCAAUAAAUAAUUAUAAAAGUGGCAAUGCACCAUAUUUCAAAGCCACAGAUAAUAUAUUCGAUGAAAGUUUGUUUGACAAUCGACGAAUGUUUGGCUGGGUGUCGAAAUUAUUAAGAAAAAACAAAAAUAAGACAUCCACACAGCAACCUAGAUAUGAGGAUUUGAUAAACGAAAAAUUAUUUUAUUUGAAUUUAAGUAGAAACUUAUCGGACAAUCUGACAAAACUAACUAACGUUCUUGAUCAUUUUACGAAAUCUAUUAAAGAGAAACCUUUGCUAAGAGUUUCUAGGUCUGUAGACGAUGCUCAAAAUGAAACCGAUUUAAAUGAAAAUACAGAUACCAUAAAUAGUACAGAUAAAACAAACGAUACAGACACAGAUAACAACACUUCAGACAGUUAUAAUAGGACAGAAAUCGUAGAUAAAACAGAAGAGCCAAAUGAACCUAUUGAUGGAAGAAGAUCAUUUAAAUCAGUUGAAUUAGAACACAAAUUGCUUUCAGCUAUCAAUGACACUUUAAACGUAAUACAGUACAAAAUACAAACCGUCUCGAACAUUCAAGAACUAUUUUCUGACAGGCUUAUGUAUAAAGUUGGUUAUAUAGCUGGUUCUCUAACUGCAAUUAAAGGUCUUAUAGAUGAAAUACAUUUGAAUGUUGUUAAAAAUGAUACACAGUUAGAUGAUAAGUACAUUUUAAAUAUGUAUGAUACUGUUAAUAGAAUUAAAGAAAGUUCUGGGCGUCUUUUGGAGUUACUAAAUGUAUAUGUCGAUAAAGCCACUAGUGAACUUAUUGCAAAUAAAUAA